GCUCCCGCGACUUAAUUCAUUGUAUCGGAUUUGAGACGAGAGGAGCGAUUUAGCUUCGACAAAACCCGAAAGAUCCGACUUUGUGACCGCAGACUGAAGCAGGGAUGGCAGCCAUCCGCAAGAAGCUGGUGAUAGUGGGGGAUGGAGCUUGUGGAAAGACAUGUCUCCUGAUUGUCUUCAGCAAGGAUCAGUUCCCUGAGGUUUACGUCCCCACCGUGUUCGAGAACUACGUUGCUGACAUAGAGGUGGAUGGUAAACAGGUGGAGCUGGCUCUUUGGGACACGGCCGGUCAGGAGGACUAUGACAGGCUGAGGCCUCUUUCCUAUCCAGACACUGAUGUCAUUCUCAUGUGUUUCUCCAUAGACAGCCCUGACAGCUUGGAAAACAUUCCGGAGAAGUGGACACCUGAGGUCAAACACUUCUGUCCAAACGUCCCCAUCAUCCUGGUAGGAAACAAGAAAGAUCUCCGUAACGACGAGCACACACGCCGAGAGCUGGCCAAGAUGAAGCAGGAGCCAGUAAAGUCGGAGGAGGGACGGGACAUGGCCGGGCGCAUCGCGGCUUUCGGUUACAUGGAGUGCUCCGCCAAGACGAAGGACGGCGUGCGGGAGGUGUUUGAAAUGGCCACCAGGGCGGCGCUGCAGGCCCGCCGCGGAAAGAAGAGCAAUAAAUGUGUACUGCUGUAAAGAAGCAGGCAUAUUUGGACUGUUUUUACCCCCUGGGCUCUUACGCCAGGGGAUAGUGCUCGGGAGGGAUUUACUAGAAGGGGGGAGGGGAGGAAAAAGAGUGCAGUAAAUGAAUACGCUGUAACCUGGCUGUUUUUGACGGACUCCAUUUACCCUGGGACUGGGGUUGACGAAGCUUUGAUGGAGGGAAAUGGACGAGGGAGGAGGGGGAAUCAUCAUAAAUGAUUACCGCUGUAAACCAUCGGGCCCUUUACCUGCGGGUCUACCAUCAGGGCGGGAGAUUUACACCAGCUACCAGUCAAGCGUCGGUGCAUUUAGUCUUUUCAACAAGCCACUUACACUGAUUAAUAUUAUUAGAUUCUUUAUUCAAACCUGACAAGUUGACCGUCGGUAAGGAGAGGUUUAUAUCUUUCCUAGGUGGGUGAACUGACUGCACAGUGACCAUGUGGGAUAUUUAUCCCCGGUUUUCAUUCCUGGAGUCGGGGACUUCGAUUGUACGGCUGAUGGGACGGAGGAAGUGCAGCGCGGGGCUAAUGUGCGCCUCUUCGUUUUACGCUCCCAUCCUGCCUGUUAACAUGCAGUUGACACCAGAACGACCUCAGAAGAAGACAAACUUCCACUGAUCUGUAUUCCUCAGAACUGAUUUUAAAUGGUUGUGAUUUGUAGUUAACAUCGUGACCAGGAGCAUUUUAACACCCUGUUCUUAAUCGAGCCGUCACAUGCUGUAGGGGCUCAGGCCUUAUUUGUUUUAUCGGAGGUUACGUGUCUGCACGAACAACUCGGUGACGUUUUUGUGUCUCACUAGCUAAUCCUUUACUGAGACACCCAACAACAAACGCAUCAGCCUCUAGUCUUAAGAUAAUCUUCUACUGUCCUGGUAUUAGGUGCUGUAGUCGUCUGCACCUUAAAUUGGAAAAAAAAAAAAACGUUCCUCCUUUUCUGCUUUUUAGAUUAAAUUUGCUGAUCUGAUUAAAAGUGGAAGGCAGAUGGCUAUCUCUUCCUGCCUCAAAAUGUAGGCAUCUUACCACGGCGUCGGUGUGGAGCUCCUCACCGUGACAGCUACGCACACGCUGCUCUCCGCUGCAGCUGGUUUGUCUUCUCUGACGUGAUCCGCCAUCAUUUGCAUGUUAACAGGCAUUCAAUCAGUGGAAGUGGCAGAUGAAUCAGUCCCCCAGGAUGACGACGGUAACUUCCUGGCCUGUAUAUUACCGCCGGAGCAGCUCCCAUCCCUUCCUGUUCCACUUAGCUGACUCCCGGUCGUCAUCUUCUUCCCCUGGCUGUAGACCAGGAUGAAAAACAAGGAGAGGAAAGUAUUGUUUACAUGCGCACCACUGAUUUCUUUCGGGAGGGGGUGUAAAUGACUAUGAAUAUUGAUUUUUAGGCAUGUAUAAAGGUUGAACAUGCAGUAAUGACCUGUAGUUCAUUUUUAAUGGAAAAGAAAAAGGUGCCUGAGGUUUACCACGGUGUCAUUUACAUGUCUGAUUUAUACCAGUAAACUGUUGGUACUCGCCAACUGUUAAACAAGUACUUGAGACAAACAAAAAAAAACAUGUAAAAUUAUCUUUUUGUCCAGAGUAAUGUGCAUGGAAAUGCCAGAAAUGUCAAGUUUGCUGGCUGGAUGGAUUUUGUUCAGGUGAUCCUUGUGGCUGUGGAGAGUAGAUUAACUACCUGCUGUUGUUUUGGGGUUAAUUUUUUUUUUUAUUUUUCUUUUCUUUUUUCUUUCUGAAAACAAACGUAAGCAUGGCCAGUUGUUUUUGGAGUUAAUCAGCCACCAGCUUUUCCUGGCUUUUCCAUGUAGAGCCGGCAGAUUUGGGCUCUCGGCAGCGUUGUUCUUCUUCCUGGUCUACGAGGUGGAGCCAAUUCCAGAAAUUAAUGUUUUUGUACUUUUUCUUUUUUUUUUCUUUUUUUCACAGCUUUUAAAAAUAUAAGUCAAACAUGUCUAUCAGUAUUUAAAAAAAAAAAAAAAAAAGAGGUGGAAGUCUAGGGAAUUACACAUGUUCUUGCUUUAGUUUUUUUGUUUUGUUUUGCGCUUUACCUGGAUUUUUCUGAUGAUUUACACUUGGUUGUAAUGACCCGUCAAUCCCUGCCAAAUGCUGUUAUUGGGCAGUCAGGAGAAGGGCUGGCCUCUCGGCUGCCUGUCUGGAGCAUCCCGAGGACCACCAGUGCUGGCUUUGUUUCCUCUUGUUUGUUUUGCACACAAACUUGGCUGAAAAGACUAAAGUUAAAAAAAAAAAAAGACUCAUUUCCUAAUGUACAAAUCAUUUUUAUGCCUAGUUUUUACUGUAAUUUUAAAUCUUUUCUUUUUUCUUUGAUCCCGAAGCAGUGACGAUAACAAAGGAACAGGAAAACCACGCUGUAUGCAAAGUCUGUAAAUAUAAAAAUGUGGGUUUGUUCAUACUAGACUAUACACACGCACAUGACUGGAAACUGUAUUUGUAAACUAGCUUUGGUUUGUGUAAUAAAUUACUUUCUAUAACACCCAG